AUGCUUUUCACUACCUACAGUUAUGCCAAUUUAGCAAUUAUUCUCCUUUCACUCAGCUCUGUCAAUUGUCAAGAACACACAUCGAAAUCUUGUGUCGAGAACGCACUCGACCUGAGUUGUCAUCCAGAUCAUCAGGUAUCGUCACUAGACGAACCUAUUGCGAAACACAAACGGCACUCAGGUCCCUGGCAGAAAGUUGAGGACUUUGUACGACGAACUAUCGUGUCAAUCAGAGGAGCUGGGGCUAUUGGAGGUGUUGUGUCUUUUAUACCCAACCCCGACUUGCCUGCUGUACCAUCAACAAGCACUAGCUUUGUUUCCGUUCCAAGCAAUGGACUUGGGGAUGUCCCGGAUGUACCGAAUGUCGCCUUGCCUCCCAUACCAACUACGAGCUCUACCUUUGUUUCUGUUCCAACCAACGGGCUUGGAAAUGUUGCUGAUCCGACACCGGUAACUACAGAUGCGCCUGCAAGUCAAACGGAUUCUCCUGCUGUACCAGUUCCCACUACCACAGCCAGUGAUAGUGGACCGCCUGUAGUUCCCAUUGUAGGAGGUGGGACUGUCGGUGGUGGUAGUGGAGGGGGAGACUCUGGAGGUGGAGGAGGAAGUUCUGGUGGAGGAGGAGGAACGUCUGGUGGAGGAGGUGGAAGCUCUGGUGGUGGAGGAGGAAGCUCUGGUGGUGGAGGAGGAAGCUCUGGUGGUGGAGGGGGAGGCUCUGACGGAGGCGAAACGGACAAUAAGCCUGACGAGAAUGACGACAACGACGAAGAUGACGAUGACGAAGAGUCCUCUUCAUCCGCCUCAUGUACUCAAACUCAGACAGCAUCCUCAUGUCUGGACAUUUGUGCUACUGUCACAAGUGGGAGUAUUUCUUGCACCCAGACAUGCUCAACGACAACAGGCUGCUCUGUCACCAACACAGCAUCAACGACAACGAAGAGCUGUACGAAUUCUUUGCCAUGUCAGACGAUCGUCGUAACGACUAUUGAUGGACCUGUGAAGACUUCAUCCAACUGCCCUGAUUGCGAAACAUCGACAUCCACCACGGCGGUCAAUCCAACGAAUGUUUUCACUCUAGCACCGGUAGCAGAAGGACAGCCUUACACCAUCACAGUUGUUGCCGACUUUGUUCUUGACAGACCACCUCCCGUCGAUACCCGCAAAGCUUUGGAGGGAAUGAGUAGCAUCGACCGAGAGCAGCUGGCAGCGCAACCAAGCGGAUUACUGACAACAACUUCCAGCAUUACUCCCCCAGCGCCAACACCAGAUGAUACACUGCCUUCUGUUGGCGAUUUCCUGGGAGGCCCGCACAAUGUGGCACCAGCUUGCGAGUCAGCAACAGAAACAACAGACUGCAAGUGUGAAGGACCAAACGCUGGAAAGACGCCUUUUUGCAAUACUAUCAUGACGCCCCAUCAAUGCGCAUGCGGAUCUUCUUCUUUGAAUUUGGGAAAUCUACCGAAGCGUGCGAUUGCCGCCAGGAGUUUUGCGGGGUUUCUUCGAUCGACAUUUCGGGCGUGA